AUGACCAACGCCAAACACAUAUGCGGACUAGCCGCGAGACAUGAACACAAGUUUCCCUUCGCGCCCGUAAGACCACUGACUUUCAAGAACGUGUGGAUAGCUUGGUGUAGUAUCAGUAAAUAUACUCCAAAAUGCAAUCAUUACAUGGCCAGCACGGCUACAGUGACUGCCGAGAGACGGAGGCACGCUACUCUCAAACAUUGGUGGAUAAUACACCCGUUCAGUUACGCCAGAUUCCUUUGGGAUACAUUCAUGAUGGUGAUUUAUUUGAUCGCCUUCUUGACGAUACCUUUUAUGAUUUGCUUCGUUGUAAUGGACUACGAAUCGAUUCUCUUGGAUAAAGUGAACGUUCCGAUUUACGCGAUUUGCUGGUUGGACAUAUCGUUCAAUUGCAUCACGGGAUACUACGAUAAGAGAGACACACGUAUCGAGCUGAAACUUGGCAAGAUAUUUACGUCCUACCUGAAAGGAUAUUUUCUGCCGGAUGUGUUGUCGUCUUUUCCGUACGAUCACAUAACGCUGCCAUGGCGAAGACUGCCUGGAGAUGAUUCUUAUCAUAUCGUUACCUUAAUCAAUAUAUUGCCCUUCAUAAAGAUAACGCGCUAUUUGACACUAAAGACGAGCAUGUUUUAUUUAUUUCAGCACUUUGAGUUCAAACACUUUUACUAUGAACUAUACAUUUCAUUAUUGCUGGGAUGGUACCUGAUUUUCUGGUUCUCCUGCCUCUGUUACUUGAUACCGAUUUUAAUAAUGAUGCACUUCGCCAACAUCUCGCCGAUGGAGUGUACAAAAUGCUGGAUGACAGGCCUGGAGGAGCGCACUCUCACGUUCCGGCUCAAAAACGCCAUACUGAUCGUGCUGGAGAAUAUUCUGGCAACCGGUUAUGGCCUCUUCGUACCUGAGACAGACGGUCAUCUCAUCUUGAGCAGUCUUGUCAUGCUUAUCGGCAGGCUUAUGAUGUGCUACUUCUUGAUUAUAUUCCUUCGGGUGAAGGCUAAGAAGACGCUGUCCGAAACGAAGUUUCAAGAGAUCAUGAACGAGGUGGAGGCGUACACUAGACAAAAGCAGUUGGUGCCGCACAUGAAGAAGCGUCUCUUGGCCUACUACCAUUAUCGCUUUAAGAACAGUUACUUUCGCGAGAAGCAAAUUUUGUCCAACCUGUCAGAAACCUUGCGCGAAGAGAUCGCGCUCGAGGCCUGCCGGCGAUUAAUCGAGAACGUAGCGAUAUUCAAGAAUCUGCCCAAGCACAUUCUGCAGUCGAUAGUGAACAAUUUGAAAUUCGAGUUGUAUCUGCCGAACGAGGUGAUCAUCAAAGCUGGCAGCCACGGUGAUUGCAUGUUCUUCUUGUCUUCCGGGAGCGUGGCGAUCCUGACGCCAACUGGGAAGGAAAUAUGCCAUUUGGACGACGGCGCAUAUUUCGGCGAGAUCGCUCUCCUAGUGGCGGAUGAGCGGAGAGUGGCCAGCGUCGUCGCGAUCGACAUCUGCGAGGUGUACCGGAUCGACCGUAAGGAUUUCCGCCAGUGCAUAGCCAUUCACAGCGAUUUAUUCGCGGAGAUCGAGCGCAUUGCCAUCGAACGUGUGGACAAGGUUAUUCGGGCCGAAAAACAGCACAAACGUUUCCUGAUGCGUCCCAGUCAUGUGCCGAACUCGCUUGGCAAGAAAAUGAGCGUAAAGAAAUACUAG